GAAGCAGCUGAUAACUUUGCUUAAGAGAUGGCCAGUAAUAGGUUUCAUCAUUUCUCAGGCUUCGUCUUUCUCUUCUUGUCGUUUUUCUUGCAGCUUCAUUCUGGCAAGAGCGAGCUGCAGAAUAAUUACUACACGGAAAGUUGCCCAAACGCCGAGGAAAUCAUCAAACAAGAAGUCAUAAACUUAUACAAUAAACACGGAAACACCGCUGUUUCCUGGGUUAGAAAUCUCUUCCACGAUUGCGUUGUAAAGUCAUGCGAUGCAUCUCUCUUUUUGGAGACUGUAAAUGGUACCGAAUCAGAGCAGGCCUCCGAUAGGAGCUUCGGCAUGAGAAAUUUUAAGUAUGUGAAGACAAUCAAAGAUGCUCUUGAACAAGAAUGUCCCAUGACAGUUUCUUGUGCGGAUAUCGUCGCUCUUUCUGCAAGAGAUGGGAUUGUCAUGUUAGGUGGACCAAGAAUUGAAAUGAAGACGGGGCGGAGAGAUAGCAAAGAAAGCUAUUUAACGGAGGUAGAUAGCUCAAUCCCUAAUCACAAUGAUAGCAUAUCCUCGGUGCUUUCUCGCUUUCAAUCCAUUGGCAUUGAUGUUGAAGGCACCGUUGCCUUAUUAGGAGCUCACUCAGUAGGACGUGUUCACUGCGUGAAUCUCGUGCAGAGGCUGUAUCCGACCGUCGACCCGACUCUGGACCCAGAAUACGCCGCGUACUUGAAAGGAAGGUGUCCCACCCCAGAUCCCGAUCCAAAGGCUGUGCUUUAUGCAAGGAAUGACCGAGAAACGCCCAUGAUUAUUGACAACAAUUACUACAAGAACGUGCUCAACCACAAGGGACUGCUCAUAAUAGAUCAACAGUUGGCUUCUGAUCCAACAACUUUACCUUAUGUGGAAAAGAUGGCUGAUGAUAAUGGCUAUUUCCAGGACCAAUUCUCCAGGGCCAUACUGUUAUUAUCGGAGAAUUCUCCGCUUACCGGAGACGAAGGAGAAAUAAGAAGAGAUUGCCGCUAUGUGAAUAGCAAUUAACAAAGUUACAGAUCAAUGUCUCUCAGCAUAUGUAAAAUGAAAAACAAAACCUGCAAUAAUGUUUGCAGAAAUUUGCAAAUAAAAACUAUGUUAUCAUGGCGAAAUUAUCAAAAAUUUAAUUUGAAAUGGUAAUAUAAGUUUUUAUAA